CGGAAACUGAGGACGAGUGUGUUUAGUUCCUGCAGCAACGUCGUUAGCGGGAAGUUCCUUCAGGGGCGCUAGGUGUACCGAUAAAGUCUGCCCGGUUCCAUGGCUAUCCCAGGGGUAAACAAGGAUAACAUCAGAGCGGGAUGCAAGAAGUGUGGAUAUCCCGGCCAUCUGACAUUUGAAUGCAGAAAUUUCCUGAGAGUGGACCCUCAGAGGGACAUUGUGCUGGAUGUUAGUAGCACCAGCAGUGAGGACAGCGACGACGAAGUUGAAAUUGGAAGUAAAGCUCCAGUUUCUUCAGACAAGAAAAAUGCUGUAGAAGUUGGUAAGAAAAAGCUCAAGAAAAAAAAGGAGAAAACAAAAUCCAAGAAGCCAAGGAAAAGAUCGCACUCAUCAAGUGACUCAAGUGAAGAUGGUCCAAAAUCAAAGAAGAGGAAAAGUCAUAAAAAAUUAAAAAGCAAAUCAAAGAAAACAAAACACCAAAAGAAAAGCAAAAAGAAGGAAAAGCCAGAGCAUCACUCUUCCUCUUCCAGCAGUUCGGAGUCCUCCAGCAGUGACUAGUCUGACUCCACUCAUCAUCCACCACACCUUCCUGUGAUUUCCAUCGAUUUGCAUUACUAUAUAUUAUGUAUGAAGCCUAGACCGAGGAUCGGGUUGCGUACAUCAAAACUUAAAGACUCUAGAAUGAUUAUUCAGUAACUCAGCAAAGUUAUUGGUCAUGCUAUAUUUUUUAUGUUUUUGAGAGAAAAAUAAAUCUGUUUAAUGUAUUAUUUCUGUAUUUUGUGGGUGACCGUUAAUCUAGUCUGGUCAGGUCUAUCAAAUAAAUUGCCCCCAAUGUAUUAUUUAUGAGGAUGAACACUAAUGCUGAUACCAGCUUCUGAACAAACACAAAAAGGCUGUACGUAAGUUACCCUUGUCGCUUGAUUGAGACUGUUCAGAGCUCUCCAGCUGCUUCUGUGCCAGUGUAUUGAUCUGUGCCAUUGUUACUUUUAUACCAGGGGAAUAUUAUUCUUUGCGGCAUAUUAACAUCUGCUGUCUCAACUGUUACCAUUUAAUAAUAGUAUAUCAAUCCUCAGGCUGUUCUGGAUCAGAAAUGUUUAAUCACUUAGAAAUCUAUUUUUGUGCUGAAAAUUUGAUACACCGUAUUAUCCAGCCAGCCUCAGUCAGGAUCCGAGCACUAAAAGCCAAUAUUAUCAUUGAAUUCUAAGUAAACUC